AUGGGCCGUUUUCGAUAUGGAAGACGAAAUGUUGAGGGUGAAGAAAUUCUAAAUCUAUGCAUAAAGAAUCGUCUUUUAGUGAAGAAUACAUUCUUCGAGAAACAUGAUAGCCAUGAGAUUACUAGACAUGGCUGGGAUGGAAAAUCUAGGACAGUUACAGACUAUAUACUAACAGACAAACUAAUUGGAGGAAAAGUAAAAGACUCUAAAGUCAUACAAAGUGAGUACUUGGACAGUAACCACAGGUUGCUAGUAGCUGACCUAAAUUGUAAGAUAAAAAGUUUGAAUGCGGUACAAAGAAUACCAAAAAUUGAGGAGCGGAAGAUGAAAGAAGAAGAAAAUAAGAAAAGUUUCCAAAAUCUAGUAGCACAAAAAUUGCCAAAAACUGAAAGGGACAGUGAGGAGGAAGAGUGGAUCCUAUUUAAAACAUCAAUAGUUAACAGUGCUUUGCAGAUAUGUGGCAAAACAAAGAGUAAAAUGAGAGACAAACAAACCAGUUGGUGGGACAGUAGAGUAAAAGACGCAAAUAAAUAUCGUAAUAUGGCAAGGAAAAACAUGGAGUUUGAAAAAAGAAAUCACAACCAGGUGCUGGUGCCAAAAGAUGAACACAAGGUGAAAACACUGGAGAAGGAUUACCAACGAAAGAAACUCCAAGCAAAGAGAAUUGUGAAAGAAGAAAAGGAGAAGAGUUGGGAAAUAUUCAUCCAGGAGCUAGAUCAGGAGAGCAAAGGGAACCAAGAACUGUUAUAUAGGUUAAUGAAAAGUAAAACAUCUGAUAGAGAGGACAUACAAGCGAUUGAAAUAGAAGAUGGGGAUAUUAUCAGGGACAUGGAAGAUAUCAGAGAAGAGAUGAAGAAUUAUUCUGAAAUCUUAUUGAAUGGGGAGGUGCACAAGAAAGUGACACCGAAGUCAUUGAAUUAG